AUGACAGUGGAUGUAAAAAAAGUAAUAAAUCAUAAGAUUAAACCAAUCGAAUAUAAUCUUACAAGAAAAGAUGUUGCAUUGUAUGCAAUUAGUUUAGGAUGUGGUAAAAAACAUUUAAAAUUUGUUUAUGAAGGUUCAGAUAAUUUCUCUGCUUUACCAACAUUGGGUGUUAUAUUUCCUGGCCAAAUGAUUGUUGAUGUAAUUUCAGAAGGUAUUGAUGGAAUAGAAUUUGAUCCAAUGAUGUUAUUACAUGGUGAACAAGAAUUAGAGAUUUUAAAUGAGAUACCAGUUGAAGGAGUAUUUGUAACAGAAUCAAAGAUUACCAAUCUCUAUGAUAAAGGUAAAGGAGCAUUAUUGAUAUUACAAUGUAUUACCUCUGAAAAGUCAAGUGGUAAACCAAUAUUCAAGAAUAUAUUUUCAUUCUUUAUUAGAGGUAUUGGUGGUUUUGGUGGUGAUCGUGGUCCAAAUGAAAAACCAAUUCAAAUUCCAAAAGAUAGAGCACCAGAUGCAAUCAGUAAACAAGCCACCUCUGAAGAUCAAGCUGUCAUUUAUCGUUUGGCUGGUGGUGAUUUAAAUCCAUUACAUAUCGAUCCAGAAAUGAGUAAAAUCGGUGGUUUUGAAGUACCAAUUUUACAUGGUCUUUGUACUUAUGGUAUUGCUUCAAGAGGUGUUUUAGAACACUUUUGUGAUAAUGAUCCAAGUAGAUUAAAAUCAAUUAAAACUAGAUUCACUAAACAUGUUUAUCCUGGUGAAACUAUUGAAACUGAAAUGUGGAAAAUCAAUCCAACAACAAUCUUAUUCCAAUCUAAAACAAAUAGAGAUGGUAGUUAUGUUUUAAGUUCUGGUGUUGCUAUAAUUGAACCAAUUAAAAAAGGUUCUUUGUAA